AUGCAAGUAGCUCACGAUCUCUCUGAAUUUCAAGACGGACAGGAACGUAUUCUAGUUCUUAAAGACUCCAGUAUUCUUGAAAACGAAGAGUUUAAUUUCGGUGCAAGUUUUCAAAAAAAUAAACUUUUACCACAGUACGAUGAAGUAAUUGAGGGUGAAAAGCAAGCUGGGUUUGUUAUAGAUAAUGAUGGAAUGGUUAAUAUUAGCGAAGAGCAACGAAGAAGUGAAGUAUCAGAAAAAUUAAAAUUAAAACCAAUAUCUUUAGACUAUGAUAAAAUGAAAGAGAUUAAAGAUUAUUAUACAAAAGAAGAAGCCGAAAUAACUUUUAAUAAACCAAAGAAUUUUGACGAUGUAAGCUUUGUCGAUGACGAUGAUCUGCAACAAGCCUUAGCUAGAGCGAGAAAAAUGGCAUCAAAAAAAGUUUCAAAGACCAGCGUAGAAGAAAUAGUCAGAACUCUGACACAAUAUAGAGAAACACUAAAUGAUGAUAUAAAUGACGAGAUACCUGGUAAAGGACUUGUGAUUUCUGAUACUUCGGAGUUUGUGAGGUCUCUCACCGUCACACAAGCUUUACCCAAACCUGUACCUGAUGCUGAAUCAAUUACACCUGUUCCAAAAGUGACUGAACAAGUUAAUGAAGAGGUAAAAGAAGAGGAGGAGGAGGGGCAGGAAGAAACAAUGCAAGAUAUUGAAAUGCAAGAUUCUGUUGAACAAGAUAAAAACCAUGGUUGGAAAGUUGCAGCUGAUGCUGGUGGUCACGAUAUGCCAAAAAUCCAAGAGGAAAUUCAACUGACUGGUAUAGUCGAGGAAGAACCAUUAGUAAGUAGUGGUAUGGCAGCAACAUUAGCUCUUUUACAACAAAAAGGUUUGUCUAUUAAGCCUUCACUAGAACUACUUGAAAAAGAGAGAAUACAAAAAGAAAGACAAAAAUGGCUUGCUGAACAAAAAAAGAAAGAUCUUGAAAGACAGACCGAACGUGAACGUGAAAAACAGAAGUCCAAAGAAAAAGGACAUCGGGGCGGCGGUGGUAGGGAUACUGAGAGUAGUUAUCGUGAUAGAGAACACUUGAGAGAAGUAGAAACAAGAUUUAAGGAUUAUAAGCCAGAUAUCAAUUUAGAAUAUGUUGACGAGUUUGGUAAUCAACUGACACAAAAAGAGGCAUUCCGACAAUUAUCUCAUAAGUUCCAUGGUAAAACAUCCGGAAAAGCCAAAACAGAAAAACGUCUCAAAAAACUCGAGGAAGAAAGAAAAUUAAAAGCUAUGAGCAGUAUAGAUACCCCAUUAAAUAUGGCAACUGCAUUACAAGAACGACAAAAAGCAAGCGGAAGCGCACAUGUUGUUUUAUCAGUUGGCAAUCGAGCUGUCGCACCUCCAAGCAUGUUAUCAAAAAACGAAAGAACUGGAAGUUCUUCUAAAUCAAAUGGAACAUCAUCAACCAUUGCUAGACCUAGUAUAAUCACAGUGAAUGGUGGAUUAACUGGUCAGAGUAUGAAUGCUCCUGAAAGAGAAAAGGUAACAUUUGGAUUAAAACGUAAAGCUGAUGCGGAACCAGAGAAACCAACAAAAAAAACCAAGGAGCAAUAA